AUGUCUGUCUCUCCCGACGCCCCUCACAUGCAGAUGUCGGUUUUACAACCUCAUAACCUCGCAUUUCUGCAGGACAACAAGCUCGCUGCGUUUCGCACCCAGGAUGGCCAAGCCUACGUGGUCGACACUUACUGCCCUCACCUCGGGGCUAAACUCGCUGCUGGCAGGCACACCGUGGGCAAUCGCAUCGAAUGCCCGUUUCAUGGCUGGCAGUUUCAAGGAGAAGAUGGAAAAUGCACCCAUCCAUAUGCUGAAAAAGUGCCAGACUUUGCAAGGGUCUGGACCUGGCCAUCCUGCGAGGUGAACAGGAUGCUGCUGCUCCGGUACCACUGCAAAGGGGUCGGUCCGACGUGGGCGGUGGAUGCCACCAAAGAGUGGGUGUUCUGCGGGCAGACAGAGCACUUGCUCGACGCGCACAUCCAGGAAGACCCCGAGAACGCAGCUGCCGUGGCUCACCUGGCUUUUCUUCACAGUCCAGCUAUUCUGGGCAGAUCUGAUCUGAGAUACACAAGGUCCAAGCUGUGGCAUUUUAUGAAGCAGAUCUGGUUGGCCAAGUGGCAGCCGGAGCCGGAACCCAACGAGCAUUGCUCCCGGCUGCUGGUUCAACACACCGCAACCAUCUUCAGGAAGCACGUCUCCUUGAUGGAUUUGAUGGUUUCAGCCAGGGAGGUGGGGCCAGGGCUGGUUUUCCUCUUUGAACCUGCUUUCCUGGGCCAUGGGAUCAUCCUGCAGAUGGUGACUCCCCUGGAGCUUCUCCUGCAGAAUGUUGUCCACAAAAUCUACUACCGGGAGAACGUGCUGGCCAUAAUCUCCAAGUUCAUCCUGAGGGCAGAGUGCAUACAG